ACAUCUAUCCCACAUUUUCUCUGCUAUAUAUAUCCAGAGCAUUUACCAGAUUGUUCCAAGCAUACUUCAAAAUAUUGCAUUCCUCAAAUCAAAAUUCCAAGCUUUAAAUCAAAAACCAUGAGCAGCAGCAUAGAAGGUAACAAAGUCAUUUUCACAGAGGAGCAGGAAGCUCUGGUGGUGAAAUCAUGGGCUGUAAUGAAGAAGAACUCUGCCGAAUUGGGUCUUAAAUUCUUCCUCAAGAUAUUUGAGAUUGCACCGUCUGCCAAGAAGCUGUUCUCAUUUUUGAAGGAUUCUCCCAUUCCUUUGGAACAGAACCCCAAGCUCAAGCCCCAUGCUAUGACUGUCUUUGUUAUGACAUGUGAAUCAGCCGUUCAACUUCGGAAAGCCGGAAAAGUUACAGUGAAAGAAGCGAACUUGAAAAGACUUGGUGCGACCCAUUUUAAAUAUGGGGUUGUAGAUGAACAUUUUGAGGUGACCAAGUUUGCUUUGUUGGAGACUAUUAAGGAAGCAGUACCUGAAAUGUGGUCACCAGAGAUGAAGAAUGCUUGGGGAGAAGCUUAUGACCAAUUAGUUGCUGCCAUUAAGACUGAAAUGAAACCCUCUUCUUAGACUUUUUGGUGGGUUAUGAACAAUAAUGCAAAAGUAAGAAAACUGAAUGAGAAGACAACUUACAUAUCUUGCUUUCUAUUGUUAUGUUAUUAUCACUUCUCACUUGUCAUUUACUUUGUAUAAUUGAUUUCAUUUUCUUUUACAUGUCCACUGUAAGUAUGGAAUUAGUAUUGAGUAAAAGGCCCACUGGUGUUCAGCACCA